AUGACCGAAAGAUGGACCCUGCCUAUAGCGAAGGCACAGGCAAAAUCCUGGGAAUCGAAUGACAUGCUUGCUGACGACGACAUAAGUUCGAAAACCACUAUAAAUCGGGACACUCCCUCGCUUCUAACUCCAACACCUUCAGCUCAUACAUCCUCUGCUCUAGCAAACAUGAAGCAAACGAUGUCUUCUAGGUGCUUGCUGGUGUUGCUCCUAGGAGCGGUGCUUUUCACCACCACCGUCUUCUGCGACGGCCACCACCCUAAGCCCCCGAAAGAGCACAAACCACCGCACAAGCACCACCCUGUUGGGGGUCGCCGCCUCCUAGAGAGCGUUGAAAUCGAGGACUCACAAAAGCCCUUCCCCAAACCCAAGCCCCCGCACCACCCUCCUGAGCACAUCCUUGUCGAGGAGGCCGAAAAGGAGGACUCCCACAAGAAGCCAUUCCCUGGCAAGAAACCACCCCACCACCCAGGCCACAAGCUCGCCGAGGAGACGGAAAAGCCAUUCCCUGAGAACAAGCCCCCGAAGAAAGGCGAGAAGCCACCACCAAAGCACAAGUCACCGCAUGAAGGACACAUUCUUGUAGAGGAAGAGGAAGAGGAAGAGGACUCGAAGAAGCCAUUCCCUGGGGACAAGCCACCGAAGAAAGGCGAGGAGCCAAAGAAGGGAAAGGGAGAGAAGCCACCGCCGGAGCACAAGCCACCCCAUGAGGGCCACAUUCUUGUCGAGGAGGUGGAAGAGGACUCGAAGAAGCCAUUCCCUGGGGACAAGCCACCAAAGAAAGGCGAGGAGCCAAAGAAGGGGAAGGGAGAGAAACCACCUCCAAAGCACAAGCCACCCCACGAGGGCCACAUUCUUGUUGAGGAAGUAGAAGAGGACUUGAAGAAACCCAUUCCCGAGCACAAGCCGCCAAAGAAAGGCGAGGAGCCAAAGAAGGGGAAGGGAGGUAAGCCACCACACGAGGGGCACAUUCUCGUAGAGGAGGUGGAAGAGGAUGUGAAGAAGCCGAUCCCCGAGCACAAGCCACCGAAGAAAGGGGAGGAGCCAAAGAAGGGGAAGGGAGAGAAGCCGCCACACAAGCCUCCCACCGAGAACUGA